AUAAAUGGCGCAAAACCCAUCAAGGCCGUUUGUAAUGCAAAGGGUAUACUGUGGCAUAAAGUAAUCAGUAUAACAGUACUGAGGGUUGCGCGUAAUGGAUAUAAAAGCCGAGUUGUUUUUCUUGGUAGUGAAGCUGUUAGAAGAUGAGGGGUGUGAUAUUGCGGCUGAGUCUUUGAAAAGAUUCAUUGACGAUAACAAACUGUUGCCUUCUCGUAUCAACACUGUCGGUGUCCCAUUUGACAACACAUUUGAUAACUAUAAUAGCCUUCACAAUCUAAGCAAGCCGUCUGUUUUGGUUGAAUAUUACCAGCUGCUGGUAAAGUUAGUGCAUGAUAGUAACAGAUGUGCUUCCCACCUAAAAACCCUAAUCGGAAUUCAAAAUAAAUUUGAAAAGGCUUUCAGCACAAGGCGCACAGAUCUUCAUAUAGUCUCGGAAGAUCACAAAAAAUUACGGAGGCCUUUAAUAAACCAUUUACAUCAGCAUUCAAAGCUGCAGUUCCACAUUCUUGCUCACCGUACGGCAAUUUAUUGUUUAGAGUUUGAUAAGCGUGGGAAUUACGCUUUCACAGGAUCCGACGAUUACACCAUUAAAAUCUGGUCUGUAAAAGGAUCAAGUACACCGUCAUGUACCCUACGCCAUACUCUUCGAGGUCAUGUUGCUGAAAUAAUUGAACUAACUGUAUCUAUCGAUAACCAUUUGCUCGCAUCAAUAGAUUCAAACUGCUGUCUAGUAAUAUGGUGCCUGAAAACUGGACAACCAGUAGUAGCUGUUCGUGGAUCACGUAAUAAUCGGGUACUGUCUGGUCUCGCUUUCCUCAAUGUACCUAAAAAAUUGGGGCCAAUGAACAAAGAUUCAUCGAAUUCGAAUGAUGUUAAUCAUCCUUCUGGUAUGCUCAUAGUAUCAUCCUUUGGUGGUUAUCUUCACAUCAUACCUUAUAUUCACACCGUUUAUCAUGCUCAUCGUGACGAUGAGUUCGGUAAUGUAGCUAAUCAUUCUGAAAAUAGAUGGAUUUGUUGUGCUGUCCAACUACUUCCUACGAUUCGUUUUACAACAGCUCCUGAAGGUACACCAAAUAUAUAUUGGCCAUCCAUUGCAUGUAUUGAUGUCAGUCCUGGUGGACUCUUAGUUGCAGCCGGUUGUUCAGAUCAACGUAUUCGUUUGUAUCAGUUCAUGAAUCCACUCAAACCCGAACCAGCUGGUGUACUGGCUGCUCAUGAGGAAAGUGUCAAUAGCGUAGCAUUCAGUCAUUCUGGAUUAAAAUUGGCCACCGGCAGUUCAGAUGGUGGAAGUUGUUGGCUUUGGAAAUUUCAAGCAGGUCAAUGGAGAAGUAUGACGUUACUAUUUCGUAAAAGGGUGAAAUGUCGACCUUGUCUUUUAAUUUGGUCAAUACAUGAUCAAUACUUAAUUGCUUCAAUGAAGAAUGGAUCAGUUUAUAUAUAUUUUGGUCAUAGUGGGCAAUUGGUCACCAUUAUUGAAGGACAUGAAGGUGCAAUUCACGCUGUAUCACCAUCACCAUUUGAUGAGAAUAUUUUAGCUACAGGUGGAGUUGAUGGUCGUUUUCAACUGUGGAAUAUUUCAAAUCUUCGACGUUUUCAACAAAACCCACAACAUGAUGAAGAUAAUCACCAAUCAAUAGAUAAACCUUUAUUAUUCCAUUAUCGAUUUCCUCCUGGUGAUUUAGAUAUCAUACAAGGAUUAGUAUGGCGUUUUGACAAUCCACCAGAUGAUCAACCUAUAUGGUCUGGUGCAAAUACAACUGCAGUCAAUCGUAGAACUACUCGUGAUAACCUACAAUUAUCUGCAUUAGAUCCGUCAAAUCACACAAUUGAUUUGCUAACUGACAAUACUACUAAUAGCACUAUUAGUAGUAGUAACAAUUAUGCUAAUAGUGCAUCUUCUCAUCGUGCAUUGACAGGAUCUCGUUCUCAGUUGAAUAAUACUGCUACUAGAACAAGUUCAUUGUCUAAUACAAAAAUGCAAAGGAUAACCGCUUGUCGUGCAAUACCUACCAUUGAAGGUGUUGGAUUUCUUGUGGUUACUAAAAGUGGUGUUAUGUCUUUAUUCUCUCCGGCAGACGAGUCUACAACAACUGGUUCAUCAUGUAAAUAUAAUAUUCAGCCAUCACCAGUUGAUGAACAGUUUCUUCAUUGGGAAUUGGAUACAGCGGAAUGGAGAGAAGUUGUACCCGAUCCUAGUAGUAGUAAUAAUACUAAUAACAAUAGUAAUUUUAAUUCUAACGUACUUCGUAUCUAUGAAAAUACUCUACAGGCGUUAGGAAGUCCACCAGCUCAACAGUCAGCUAAUUCACCAUCAAACGGUCGAGUUAAUUUAUCACGAGAAAAUUCACAAAAUAAUCAUCAUAGGGAAUUAAUCAAUAAUCAUAACAAUGACAAUGAUAAUAAUAAUUCUGGUCGAAUCAUUCGUUAUAGACCUCCUCCAGCUGUACUAUAUGAAAUUAUACAUGCACCUAGCGGUGUACCAUUUCAUCGAUUACCACCGGGUUAUUUGACCAAUUUAAGAGGAUUCCCAUAUCCAUCAAAACGUCAGUUACAAAUACCAGGUCGUAGUCAUUUAAUACAACCAUCAGAUUUAUUACCAUCAGUCACAUUAGAUGAAGAAACUGGUGAAGAUAUUGUUGUGGAUGAUAUUCAAUUUUGUUCAAAUGUUCCAAUAGAUUAUUGUCCAACACCUGAAUUAUCUAGUACUCAACCGAUUUAUGGUAAAAAUUAUCUUUGGUGUUCACCAUGGUUAACUAAUAAAACACCAUUGAUAGAACCUUUGGAUUCAAAUGAAUUGAAUUUAAAGUUCGUUGAACAGCAACAACGUUAUGAAGAUGAAAGAAACUUCUUUUCUGCCGGUGGUGAACCUGUUGUGUCUUUCGGAGACGAGUUUAAUAGUUCAAAACAUUCAACUGAACAAAUUAUUAUUAUGCAACCAGAACGAAAUUGUUUCCGCCAAUCACAAAUAUCUUGUCAAAAAUCCUCUUCUCUUUCAUUAUCAUCAUCAAUACAUUACAAUAAUGAAAGCAACCAUAUAACCACUAAUCUGUCAUCAACUAUUAUUUUCAAAGAAAAUAAAGAAACAGAUGCAUCACCGGUGGAAAAUCAUUGUUCAAAUCAAUUCAAUAAUAUUUCCGAUGAUACAUUGAAUGAAUCGAACAGUUCCAGUAUUGCUGGUCCGUCAUUUCUCCAUACAUAUUUAAGGAAAACAAAAAAUGAAGUAAAUUCGACUAAGACUCUACGUGUAUCAACUAGAUCUGAAACAGUACCUCAAAAUAAAUCAAAUCAAAUUUCAACCUCGAUUUUAUCUCCGAUGGAUGAACAAGAUGAUGCUGAUGAUCAAGAUGAUUCAUCUGAAGAAUCUGAAUGGUCAGCUCAUAUCGAUGUUGAUAUUGGCUGGUGGAGUCGGCAACGUCGUCGAAGAACUAGACGUCAAGUUAACACAAAUGAUGUAUUAGCUCCCAAUGAUACUGAACAAUUGAGUUCAAACAUUUUGAAUCGUACAGAGAUGGAUCUUGAUAAUGAUGAAACAAAUGAAGAUCUAACUUCUUUUUAUGAUGUUGGAGAAGCAUCUCUUUCUUCUGGUCAUACAGACACAAAUCAAAAUGGACCAACUACUGAAGGAAGUAUCCGACGAUCUUUACGUCAACAACGUCGUCUAUUAGUAAAAAGAAGACUAAUGCGAGAAGCUAAAAAAGCAGAAGCAAGAGCUGCUCGUGCAGAAAUCGAAAAGAAAUGCUCUGUUGCUCGUAGAUCCAGACGUUUUCUCAAUCUAACAAGUGAUGAUUACAGUAGAAUAGAUGAAGAUUCCACUAGCCGGGAUACAUGUAUACCAGAAUCUUCUAGUCGUAGUCAAUCUACAGAAGCAAUUACACCUAUUCCCAUUGAUACAUCUUCUAAAAGAGAACGCCUUAAACGACGUUUAAUUCGUAGUCUUGAUUAUGCUGUGAUGUUAAUCACUAAUGGUAUUCGGGUAAUGUUUUAAUUGUAUCAUUCAUUUAUUUCUUAUUAUCAUCAUGAUCAUGAUCAUGAUCAUCAUCAUGUUAUACAUUUAGUCAUUAAUUGAUUUUCUUUACUUUGGAUUUCUCUUUUUUUCCCUCUUCCUUUAUUUUCUCUCUUUACUGUUGUUACGAUAUUAUCAUAUUUUAUUCAUUGGAUAAAAGGUGAAUAUGCAUGAUCUCAUUACAUACACAUCAUAUGAAAUAAUUAUUCUCGCCAUUCUUUUUAUUCUUUUUCUUUUACUCACCUUAUUGAAUUGAUUAUAAUAUGUAUUCAUUUUAUGUACAGUCGUCUGGGAAUCUUCAUCGUCAUUUUGGUGGAGUUUUGUUCUCUGGGUUGGAUGGUUUGGUCGUGGAGCUUUCAUCGUUCUUCUGAACAACAUCAUCAGCACAAACUUCAGAUAGAAGUGAAGUGUUCGGAUUUCUUCAUAUGUGUUUCACAGCUUGCUCUGCGCACCUCGAUGUUGAUUGGUUCUUAUUGACCAUAAAUUUAUCAUUGUUUACUUCUUUGUUUGGUUGUGUCUCCAAAUGGGAGAAGUGCACAGAACAAGCUGUGAAACACAUAUGGAGAAAUUCGAACACUUCACUUCUAUCUGAAAUUUGUGUCGAUGAUGUCGUUCAGAAGAACGAUGAAAGCUCAACGACCAAACCAUCCAGCUCAGAGAACAAAACUCCACCAAAAUCAUCCACCUGAGCUACAAAUCUUUUCCACCAUCUCAUCAUCAUAAUCUUUAUCCUUAUAUGCAUAAAUCUUUGUAAUGGAUUCAUUGGUUGCUUGAUUCAUUCAUUCAUUCAUUCAUACACUGCGUUUCAUGUUUGUUUCUGUUCAAAGUGUUUUGUAAACUGAAAUUGUUAAUUUUAGUCGCGGUAUUUCAAUCAUGAAUUGGUCUAUUUUAAUUUUUUCCUAUAUAACUAACUGUUUCACAUUUAAAAUAUGGAUGACUAUGAUAGAAGACAUUCAUUGAUGUAAGGACGUCUGGGUAACGUUGAAAAAUUUACAAUGAAAAACACUGACUAAUAAUUAAAAAAUAUCUAACUAAGAGUAGUUUUUUAUUUAAGCUGAAAAUUCCACAAUCUUCACAAAUCCCUCUAUGCUGAUAUUAACAGUUUACUAACCAGUGAUUGGCUUCAAAAUACGAGAUAUUGCAGCCGAAGGAGUACAACGAUGCCGAAUGUGAGGCAGUUUUACAAAAUAGGCAAUAAUGGGUGUUGUGGAAUGUCGUAAAUUGAUUGAAAUUUUACACGCAAACUAGUGGUUAAGUGUUUACGCACCAGAUCAGAGGUACUGUGUUCAAUUUCUGGAUACAUGGUCGUGGAAUCGUAACACUGAGAAAGUUCGUUGUAGAACGAAACAUGUGUUCAGUGCUUCUUGAUUCUCGUUAGUCCAUCUAACUAACAUCAAUUUGUGUUUUAAGUUAUGAAAAUUCUACAAUAUUCAUAAAUUCCCUCAUACUAAUAAAAUUUUUAUAUUUAUACAACCAUAGAAAUUUGAAUUCGAAAUUCACUGUACUUCUACAUAACUUUCUGAAGUUGUAAGUCAUCAAUGGAAGUAUUCAUUAUUAUGUUCACUGGCUUGUCUAAUACCAUCAACUAAAUAAACUGUUUCAUCAAAAAUUUAAUUCAAAUUUUGGUUUUUAAUAUACACCAAUCAGAUUCUCUCGUUUAUCAAUUAACCUUGAAUUGAUAUAUAUGAAUACUUACUUACUUACUUACGCCUGUUACUCCCAAUGAAGCAUACGCUGCCGACCGGCAUUCUCCAACCCACUCUGUCCUGGGCUUUCCUCUCUAGUUCCAUCCAAUAGUUGUUCAUUCUUAUGUCUGUCUCCAUUUCUCGACAUAAUGUGUUCUUUGGUCUUCCUCUUCUCCUUUGGCCUUGAGGAUUCCAUAUGAGGGCUUGCCUUGUGACCCAGUUGGGUGCUUUCCUCAAUAUGUGUCCUAUCCACUUCCAGCGCUUCUUCCUGAUUUCUUCCUCCACUGGAAUCUAGUUUGUUCUCUUCCACAGUAGGUUGUUGUUGGUAGUGUUUGGUCAACGCAUCCGAAGUAUUUUGCGUAGACAACUGUUAAUAAACACUUGUGUCUUCCUUACGGAGCCCCUCUGGGGUUACUGCCAGCCCCAAGCCCGGAUAAAGUAGGAGGGUUAGGCGUAGAGUUAGUGACCACAUCCCGUAGAAAACUAACUCGAUCAAAAAAGCUCUAACCAGAUAAUAUGAUUCAAACCAUAUAUGUGAAUAGCUCAGUGUAUAUAUGUUAUCCUUCCACGAGUUUGUAACGUAUCCAUUUUAUGGGUAAUAAUAAUAAAUAACGUUUUAACUUGAAAUCAUUGGAACAUUAUUUCAACAACAACAAAAAGUCAUUUAGUACUCUGUUAGGAUAGUCGGAAAUGAUAUAAUUAUAAUUAUUGGUCUAUUUUUCCGACUAUCCUAACAACUCAUAAAAUGAAAAAAAGUGUCAUUUGUGUAUGUUUUCAAAUUCCACUGACCGAUAAUCUUUCAUCCAUGUUAUUUGUAACAUUUGCUUACAAUGCAUAUUGUUAAAGAAUAUUCAAACUUGUUAAAUUUUAUUAUUUUGAUAUGAUGAUUAUAUAUAUAUAACUAGGAAAAGAUAAUUACCAACCAAUGAUAGAGAUUAUAUUAUCACUAGACCAGAUAUCCUAUCGAUACAAUAUACCAUACACAUAGGUCUGUUUAUCAUUUUGAAAAGAGCAAGAAUAAAGAUUCUUGUAGAAUAGCACUAAUUCAUUUUAUUUCGUAUAGUUCUCUUCAGCUGUUUACAACCUGUGAUGUUUAAAAAGACACCAUCACCAAAUGGGUUUACAUUACUUAUAUGAAACAGUUUAGUUAGAAAUUAUAUAGAAGACACAUUAUUAUUGUCAGUAUAGGGGUUGUGGAGAUCGUUAAGUUUUGAUUGAGAUCAUAAACCGAUUGAUGUUAGACCACCAUUGAAAACCUGGAAGCACUGAACGGCCGUUUCGUCCUAUUGUGAGACUAGCUUCGUGAGAAAAUUCUCGGAGUUCUGUUGAGAAGCUGUGAUCAGUGGAGCUAAUCCGUGUCGGGUAGAAACAGGUGUCUACCUCAGUACAAUGGAAGAUGGUUGCGUAACUUCGUGGAUUGGCUGAGGUUAGACAUUAACAUCAUUGGAUGCCGUCUCAGUUAUCCGGUAGGUUAGGCGUUCGCGCGCGAGACUGAAAACCCUGGGCUUGAAUCCCACGAUCGGGAUCGUGGAUGCACACUGCUGAGGAGUCCCACAAUAGGACGAAACGGCCAUCCAGUGCUUCCAGGUUUUCAAUAGUGGUCUAACAUCAAUCGGUUUAUAAUCACAAUCUAAAACUUAAUAAUGUCCACAACCCUUAUACUGAUGAUUUGAUAAUUGUUUAUGUUUGUUUAUAAUGCUUAUUUGUUUUUUGUACUAUUGGUAAUUUUCAUGAGUAAGUGUUUUCAUUUUAGACUUGCAGUAGAUUACCGUUAACUCGAAUACCGUUAGAUUGUUAUCUAUCUCCUGAAUGUGAAGGUCAUGAAGAAGAAUUAAAUAAAAAUCACUUUAUUCUUCCAAAUACUGAUGUUAAUCAUUGGGAUGGUCCUUAUUUUGAUUGGUUAUCUACUGUUCGACCAUCAGCUUCCCCUUAUCUACCUCAAACUGGAGAUCGCGUCGUCUAUUUAUAUCGUGGUCAUCAAGAUUAUUUAUCAAAAGCUUGGGAAUGCGGCAAUCUACCAUUAAUGGGUAAUUUAGAUCAACAAAAAACAAAUUCUCCCCCUUCCUUACCGUGGACUACUUGGCCUGAUUUACCACAAUUUCUAUGUUGUUCAGUGCAAAAAAUCACUUAUCAUAUUGUACGUAUAGCUGGUAAUUAUUAUCAUCCAUCAAAUGUUUCACGUUCAUCAUCAUCAUCCAUUUCAUCAGCUGUACAUUUAAAGAAAAGGACUAGAAAAUAUUUAAAUACUAAACUUUUACGACAAUCAAAACAAUUAAUUAAUUUGAAAGAUUUAAAAUUAUCUUAUCAUAAAGAAUAUAAAUCAACUAAUCUAGCUUCUACUUCUUCCUUUUCUAAUACUACUAAUACUACCACAACGUCUUCAUCAUCAUACAAUAAUGAUUACCCCAUUGCAUCGACUAGUCUCAGUUGUGGUAAUGCUUAUUCUUCAUCAUUAUUAUCAGAUGAUGGAGAUAGUUUUGUUCGACUUAUCACUUUACAGUUACAAAUUGAAGAGAAUCAACCUUAUAAAAAAUUAUCAUGUGGAAAAAUCAAUACUGAACAUUCUAAACAUUGUCAUGAUGAGAAACAACAAUAUCCCUCGAAUAUUAUUCAUGUUACUUAUCAUGAUGUAGAUGGAAUCUUAGAAUUUAUUAUACUUCGACGAAUAUUUGAUGCAUCAUUAAAACAGGAAUGGAAACCAGGUGAUAUGUUUAUAUGCCCUGUUGGUGGUGAUUCGUGGUGGCGUGGUCUCGUAAUUCGAAAUCUUCCAGACGAUGAUUUAUCAACAUUACAACCUAGCACUUCCCUAUUAGAAAUUAAUAAUGCAAUGUAUUCUUUAAACACUACAUAUUUAGUUCGUUGGUUGGAUGAGAAUGAACCAUGCUAUGAUGGUAUUACUAGUAGUGGUAAUGAUAUCACAAUCAAUGAUAACUAUUCACAUAAUUUAUUAGCUUUAUCAGAAACUAACCACACUGGAUCACUAAAUAAAUUACCAGAUAAUAUUGAUCAUGUUAAUUCAUGGGAUAUGUAUAAAUGGUAUGCAGAAUCUGCUGAUAUUGAUAACCGGUCAACUAAUACAACAGACUCAGAAUUUACAUUAUAUGGUGGUUUAGUUGAUGGUUAUGUACAUAUUUCUCAUGAACAAAUAUGUUUAUUAUAUGGUACUUCAAAAUUUUGGGAUACAACUAGUCAUUCAACUGCCUAUCUUGCAGAAAUUAAACGUCUCGUUGAGUGUAUAACUCAGAUCAUGCAAUUAGAUAUAAGUGAACAAUUUAUUAAUCCAGUUGAUUUAGCUGCUUAUCCUGAUUAUUUAUUUAUUAAUGUUUAUCCAGUUGAUUUAAAUUUUAUAUUAAAUCGUUUAUUAAAUGGUUUCUAUCGUCAAUCUAUAUCAAUUCAAUCAGAUUUUUUACAAUUACUUGAAAAUACUAAACGUUAUAAUUUACCAGGAUCAUCUAUUGUUAAAAAUGCUCAAUUCGUUUAUCAAUUAGGCUUGUAUUGUAUAGAAAAUAAAGUGACAUGUGAUGAAGUUUUACGCCAAUAUAAGCUUCUCACUUCUACCAAUAUGCCUUCUCCAAAUUUGGAGAACAGUAGUCAAAUCACCGCAAAAACUUCAUCGAAUUCAUUUAAUGAUAAUCUAACUGUUGAGAAACGUACCCGAACCAAGACAUGUCAUAUUGAUAGAAAGGAAAAAAUUGUAAAUAAAUGUUAUUCUUCUAAGCAAAGGAAAGAGAUUCACCGACGAAGGUCAUUAAGACUGAACCAAUCACUAUCCAAACGUUCAUAUAGUGUGUAUCUUAAUGAUGAUGAUGUAAGUAAUAAUUCAAACGAAUUAAAUAAACAUCAAAGACAUUUUCAAAUGGGAGGAAGAAUAUCUGCAAGAAAGAAAAUUUUGACAAAUAAUAGUUCAGUUACUUGUGGUUCUUCAUGGAUUUCUGAUGCUUUGAAUCUUAUCCAAGAACUGUUGAAUCAUCGUAGAAGUUUUUAUUUUCGUGUACCAAUUGAUCCUUUAGAAUAUCCAGAUUAUCAUAGUAUCAUUGAACGUCCAAUGGAUUUAUCUACUAUUCAAAAGAAACUCAUAAAUACUCAAUCAAGUUUGCAUUCACCAUCAUCACCAACAACAACAAAAUAUCAUAUUCGUAGUCGUAUCCAACAAGAAUAUAAUCCUAGCGAUUUGUUAUUUGAUUUAAAUUUGAUAGUAACUAAUGCAAAAUUGUAUAAUACUGAUCCUGAUACUCAAGUGUUUGAUGAUACUUUAUGGUUAGAAAAUUGGGUUAAUGAUGUGAUGACACCUAAUUUGUUACGAUUUAUUGAAUGCUUUGAUAAUUAUAAUACGUCUUCUUGUACGAAAAUGAAAUUGGAGGCAAUUUCUCAUCAAGACAUGAAGCAUGACGGUCAUUCUAGACGGCGUUCAUGUUCAACACGAUCUGGUAAUACUUCUAAUGAUGAAAAGAGCUACAUAAUAAAUGAUGUAACAUCAUCGCUAUCAUCACCAGCUUGUAUUAACACUGCAACAUCUUCGAUGACAUCUUUCACAACAGUACGUACUUCUAGUGGUCGGGUUGUUAGACCUCCACCUCGUGGUUCACAGGAUCUAUGCCCAUCUUUUUCCGAAGAUUAUGGUCAAAAAUAUAAUUGUUCAUUUGAGCAAAAACAAUCUCAUCAAAGAAGAAGAAAACUGACUUCAUAUUCUUCAGGGAAUAAUGCACAUUCUGUAAAUAAAUUAUAUUCCAGACAUACAAACAAGAGACGUCGUCGUAUUACAAAUCAGUCAAAAUCAAUAAGAAUGUCAAAUUCUUCAGAUCUAUCGAAUGCAUCUCUUCGUCGUAGUGCACGUAAAAGAAAAAUUGUUUCUAGUUUUAGUCACUUCUAUGGAUCAGAAGGAAAUGAUGAAUUCGACUGAUUUAACUGAUUAUAAAUGUUAAUCAUGUGAAAUGAUAAUGAUAACAUCAUUUUUGUAAAUUCUGUUUACUUUUUUUUUCAGUUUUAGGCAGCAUGUAGAUAUUCCCCAUUUUACUUUAGUACCAAUACUGUAAACCUGUUCAAUGUACUUUAACAACUAUUUAUUAUAAUUCUCUGUCCUUUACAUAUACAGAUAUAUGUCUUUAAUGACUGUGAUUGUUUAUAUAUAUAUAUAUAUAUAUAUAUAUAUAUAUAUAUAUAUAUACUUCCUUUUGUCUAUAUACUAAUUUCUGUCUAAUCAUUUGUCUUUUAUUCGC